GGAUUUCGACAAAUAGUUCCCUGAACCAGAACGUUCCAUGUGAAAGAUGGCUGGGCAUUCAAUUUUGCUGGCUGCUGUCUCAGUCCUGUCGGCCUGUCAACAAAGUUAUUUUGCUUUGCAUGUAGGAAAGGCGAGAUUAAAAUACAAAGUCACACCCCCAGCGGUCUCUGGGUCACCAGAGUUUGAAAGAAUAUUUCGUGCACAACAAAACUGUGUGGAGUUUUACCCCAUAUUUCUGAUUACAUUGUGGAUGGCUGGAUGGUAUUUCAAUCAAGGAUAUCAGAGCCCUACAGAUGGACUUCAAGUGUGUACCAGAGGGCUCUUGAAGUUGCUGAGGAAGAGAGAGGGUCCCUGAUGGUAAGGGAAGAUACUGAUAUUUUCUGUUGGACAAGAUGGCAGAGGAUCAUGCCACCCUUUACAUCUCUUUUAGGUUUUGCUACUUGUCUGGGACUGGUCUAUAUAUAUGCCCGUCACCAGUAUUUCUGGGGAUAUUCAGAAGCAGCUAAAAAAAGGAUCACCGGUUUCCGGCUGAGUCUGGGGAGUCUGGCCUUGCUGACGGUCCUAGGCGCCCUGGGGAUUGCAAACAGCUUUCUGGACGAAUACCUGGACCUCAGUGUUGCCAAGAAACUGAGACACUUCUGACGUUACCCCCUCCCUUUGCCCACAUGCUUGCAGAAGCUAUUUCCGCCCUGAAGGUCGUGUGGGGUCAACUGAUCAAUUCUUAAAAAGAAAAGUCUUUGUUUUGUUUUUCCUGAAAUGGCUUUGUAGGAACAUACCCACUAGAGAAUACAUUUCCUGUUUCAGAAUUAAAGUCCGCCCUGAGGGGAUAGAGCCACAACCUCAGUGGAA